CGAGCUUUGGAUACCAUGAACUUUGAUGUCAUUAAAGGCAAACCAGUGCGCAUCAUGUGGUCUCAGCGCGAUCCAUCUCUACGCAAAAGCGGCGUGGGAAACAUUUUCAUCAAAAACUUGGACAAAUCAAUUGAUAACAAAGCUUUGUACGACACUUUUUCUGCUUUUGGAAACAUCCUGUCUUGUAAGGUGGUAUGUGAUGAAAAUGGAUCCAAGGGUUAUGGAUUUGUACAUUUUGAGACACAAGAAGCUGCAGAAAGAGCCAUUGAAAAAAUGAAUGGGAUGCUGCUUAAUGACCGCAAAGUAUUUGUGGGAAGGUUUAAGUCCCGCAAGGAACGUGAGGCAGAGCUUGGAGCCAGAGCAAAGGAAUUCACCAAUGUUUACAUCAAGAACUUUGGAGAAGACAUGGAUGAUGAGAGACUUAAGGAACUCUUUGGCAAGUUUGGUCCUGCCCUAAGUGUGAAAGUUAUGACUGACGAGAGUGGAAAAUCGAAAGGCUUUGGCUUCGUUAGUUUUGAAAGACAUGAAGAUGCCCAAAAAGCUGUAGAUGAGAUGAAUGGGAAAGAGCUUAAUGGGAAACAAAUCUAUGUUGGCCGGGCGCAGAAAAAGGUGGAAAGACAGACGGAGCUGAAGCGCAAGUUUGAACAAAUGAAGCAGGACAGGAUCACCAGAUACCAGGGUGUAAACCUUUACGUGAAAAAUCUUGAUGAUGGCAUUGAUGAUGAGCGCCUUCGAAAAGAGUUCUCCCCAUUUGGUACAAUCACAAGUGCAAAGGUCAUGAUGGAAGGUGGGCGCAGCAAAGGAUUUGGAUUUGUAUGCUUUUCCUCGCCAGAAGAAGCCACCAAAGCUGUCACAGAAAUGAAUGGUAGAAUUGUGGCUACCAAACCAUUAUACGUAGCUCUCGCCCAGCGUAAAGAAGAGCGCCAAGCCCAUCUCACCAACCAGUAUAUGCAGAGAAUGGCAAGUGUAAGAGCAGUACCCAAUCCUGUCAUCAACCCUUACCAACCAGCACCUCCUUCAGGUUACUUCAUGGCAGCUAUCCCACAGACUCAGAACCGUGCCGCAUACUAUCCUACUAAUCAGCUUGCUCAACUUGCUCGACCUAGUCCUCGCUGGACUGCUCAGGGUGCCAGACCUCAUCCAUUCCAGAACAUGCCUGGUGCUAUCCGCCCAGCAGCACCCAGACCCCCAUUUAGUACCAUGAGACCAGCUUCUUCACAAGUUCCACGAGUCAUGUCAACACAACGUGUUGGUGAGUUUCAUUUAUGCAAACUUCAAGUGUUAGAUUUCUUUUCUAAUUUUGCUGAUUCAUAA